AUGGACGAAUCAAACUCUGUUUCUCUCACGCUUACUGAUCUUCAUCCAAUUUCCAAUUUAUUCACAAAAUUAAAGCAAAAACUUUCCCAUCAACCAAUCGUGCCAUUUUCUCUCCAAAAUUUCAAAGUUGUUGACUCCAUUUCUUCCGAUUCUUUUAAUUUGUCAAUUUGUUAUGAAUUUAAUUAUCUGGUCACUGGUUGUGAUAAUCACAUUGCAAUUUAUGAUUUACUCACUCAUAAACCAAUAUUUGAGAGAAUUGAAUGUGAAUGUGGAGUUUAUGGAAUUGAUUUGGAAAGAGAACAUUCAGGAAAGUGGAAUUUGAUUAUUUCCUCUCGAAAUAAUCAAGUUUUAAAGUUUGAUUUUAGCAAGAUUUUGAGUGAAAAGAGAAUUGGAGAACCAAUUUAUAAGAUUGAAAGGGAAUUUGAUCAUGUUUGGGCUGUCAGAUGUUUUAAAACUGAGCUUUAUGUGGUUGAUUAUCAAUCAAAAGUUUUUGUAUUCGAUUUGAAAACAGGAGUGGAACGUACAGAUAUUAUAGUUGAUUUGAAGGAGGGAAUGGUUGACCUGAUUUUUACACCAAAUGAGGAAAUGAUUGUUUGUGGAUUGGAUGUAUUUCACAUUCUCAAAUUUAAUUCACAAUUUUCUACUUGGGAGAUCAUUAAAACCUAUUCGAAUGAUACUCAAUUGGUACAAGUUAAGGAUUGCUAUUGUGUUUGGUAUGAAAGAAAGACAAAACUAAUCUACAUCUCAGAUGGAUGUGGGAAAAUGUUCAUUUUCGAUAGAGAAUUCAAUCUCCUCAGGGAAAUCACUUCUCUUGAAUCUCCUUAUGGGAUUGUAAUUAAUGAGCAAAAUGGAGAAAUGUUCGUUUGUGAAACAACUUCACAAAAAAUAACAAUUUACAAGUAA